UUCGACGACGACACCUGCAGAAGUGCGGAGCCCGCCAUGCCGCGCCACCUCUCGGGACUGCUCCUGUUGCUCUGGCUGCUGCUGCUGCUGCUGCCGCCGACCCCCGCCGCCCCCGGCCCCCUGGCCCGCCCGGGUUUGCGGAGGCUGGGCACGCGGGGCCCAGGGGGCAGUCCUGGGCGCCGCCCUGUCCCUGCUGUCCCCACCGGCACGCCCUAUUCCGGGGCCGGCCAGCCCGGCGGGGCCCGCGGCGCAGGUGUUUGCAGGAGCAGGCCCUUGGAUUUGGUGUUCAUCAUCGAUAGUUCCCGCAGUGUGCGGCCCCUGGAGUUCACCAAGGUGAAGACCUUUGUCUCCCAGAUAAUUGACACUCUGGACAUUGGGGCGGCGGAUACACGGGUGGCAGUGGUGAACUAUGCUAGCACCGUGAAGAUUGAGUUCCAUCUCCAGACCCACUCAGAUAAACAGUCCUUGAAACAGGCUGUGGCCCAGAUCACACCCCUGUCUACAGGCACCAUGUCGGGCCUGGCUAUCCAGACAGCGAUGGAUGAGGCCUUCACGGUGGAGGCAGGAGCUCGGGGGCCCACUUCCAACAUCCCUAAGGUGGCCAUCAUCGUGACAGACGGGAGGCCCCAGGACCAGGUGAAUGAGGUGGCGGCUCGGGCCCGGGCGUCUGGUAUUGAGCUCUACGCUGUGGGCGUGGACCGGGCAGACAUGGAGUCCCUCAAGAUGAUUGCCAGCGAGCCCCUAGAUGAGCACGUUUUCUAUGUGGAGACCUACGGGGUCAUUGAGAAACUCUCCUCUAGAUUCCAGGAAACCUUUUGCGCUCUGGACCCGUGUGUGCUUGGCACACACCAGUGCCAGCACGUGUGUGUCAGUGAUGGGGAAGGCAAGCACCACUGUGAGUGCAGCCAAGGAUACUCCUUGAACGCCGAUCAGAAGACAUGUUCAGCUAUCGAUAAGUGUGCUCUGAACACUCACGGUUGUGAACACAUCUGUGUGAACGACAGAACUGGCUCUUACCACUGUGAGUGCUACGAAGGUUACACCCUGAACCAAGACAGGAAGACUUGUUCGGCUCAAGACCAAUGUGCCUCUGGUACACAUGGCUGCCAGCACAUUUGUGUAAAUGACAGAGAUGGGUCCCAUCACUGUGAAUGCUACGAGGGUUAUACUCUGAAUGCUGACAACAAAACGUGUUCAGUUCGCAGCAAGUGUGCUGGAGGCUCGCACGGCUGCCAGCACCUGUGUGUGGACGACGGGCCCGCGGCCUCUCACUGCGAUUGUUUCCCUGGCUACACCCUGAACGAAGACCAGAGGACGUGCGCAGCCAUUGAAGAAGCACGAAGACUCAUCUCUACAGAAGAUGCUUGUGGGUGUGAAGCCACCCUGGGCUUCCAGGAGAGGGUCAGCUCAUAUCUGCAGAGACUGAAUGCCAAACUCGAUGAUAUUUUGGGCAAGUUGCAAGCAGAUGCAUAUGGACAAAUACAUCGUUGAAUUACUCAGAUUUUUUCACCUGGAAAUACGGAGAGCUUGGUCUAUUUAAUAUUUUUGCAUACUUCAAUGUUCCUGCUAAUAAUUUGCCAUUGCAAAUGCUUUAAUAUUACUGGAUAAGUAGUAUGAGGAUCUUCUGGAGAAUCAGUAGGAGAUAAACGUUCACAUCCUUAAGAGCAAACUUUAGUGUCUCUAAGCUAUGACUGUGAAAUGAUUCGUAGGGAAUAGAAUGAAAAGUUUGGUAUUUCUUUAUUUACCAAUUGAGCCAUUUAAUUUUUAAAUGUUUAUAUUAGUAAGAUAACCAUUCUUACAAUGGGAACUUUUGAACUAUUUUCUCUUGAUAGUAUUUAUAGUAUAAACCAGUUUUAUUAUUGAGAGUGUAAAUUAUACAAGUAUUUACACAUAAAAAAGUUCAUAUAAUUGAGGUAAAUAUAAUUUAGAACUGUUUCUUUAAUGCUUUGUUUUUUGCUCACUUUUUGCUGGAAUAUCACUGAAGCUGUGAUCAGUGGAUUAUAAUACACAUAUAUCAAGUGAACACUACAUGAAAUAUUGUAAGAAACACAUAACUAAAGACUUUAGUUUUGAAUUAAGUGUUAUAACUUCUUACCAAGGACAAAAAAAAUCCUACAUUAUCUUUACUGUUUCACUUUAGGAUCCAAUCAAGAAAAUUAUAUAUUUAUAAAUAUUGAUCUAACAAGUAACAACAAACCCAAUGUCGCCAUUUUAAAGUUUAAGCUUAAUUUUUCUUCACUUACAUAUUUAGUAUAUGUAUUUUAUUUUUCCGCUUGAAAGCUUAUAGCUCUUAGGAGAAAACCGUCCUUUAAAUUGUGACUACUCAUUUUUUCUGUUUGUAUUGUCUUUAGUAUAAUAAAAAGUUACUA